AUGUACCAGGCGACGGUCGAGCGCACGGACGGCCCACAUUAUGAGUUCUCGCUAAUGGAGGACUUUGCACGAGACGAAAAGACUCGUCUCGGCAUCCGUUCACCGACCUCUCCGCCUCGAUUUGAUUUCCGACAGGCACAAGCAUCGUCCUCGACUCACGUACCUAUACCCAGUUCGAGCGAGCAGCCUCUCCAGCCGGACGGUCCGCCCGAGGGCGACGUGCCUGCAUCGCAGGACUCUUCGCUCCCGUUCACAUUCCCGCGGGUGCGCCAACGGAAACUGAGUUCAAGCUCUCCGGGUCCGCGCAGGGGAAAGAUGGCUCUGUUCGAACAGGGCGGCCCACCGCCGCCCACGCUCGGUUCGCGCGCGCCGCAUCUAGGGGGUAUGGGCACUACACUUAGCGCGGUACCCUCGUACGACAACGUGGGGGAUGCUCUCAGGAGUGGCCCAGAUGGGAUGGGACUUGGGGGUGGCGGGCCGGGCUCUGGACACGACCGACCAUAUCGUUUCUCAUUCUAUUCGAAUGCUCUCUCGGCAACCAUCCAUGCGCGGAGCCUAGGCGAACUACCAGCCGAAGGCCAGUCGUUCGAGGACCUUUUCUUGGGUCAUAAGGAGUCGCAGCAACCUUCAAAUGCAACGAGUGCCCGUGCAUCUUUUUUAAACCAUCCAGCUGGAGGUCUUGGUUCCGUACCCAAGUCUGGCGCGACAUCGCCGGUACCAGUCCCUAACGCCGGCGGCGCAACGAGCGGCCUCGCUAAGACGCUGCAACCGGAACGAAGGCUUGGCGAGUCCAGUGCCUCGGAAAUCUAUACCUGGUGGCUGGACGUCCUCGCGCCUACAGAUGACGAAAUGAAGCUUCUCAGCAAGGUGUUUUCCAUCCAUCCCUUGACAACAGAAGAUAUUCAGAUGGAAGAAACGCGCGAGAAGAUCGAGUUGUUCCGCAACUACUAUCUUGUCUGUUUCCGUGGCUUCGACCAGGACACGUACAGUCCGACUUAUCUCGAACCGUUGAACAUGUACAUUAUCGUCUUCCGAGACGGCAUCCUUUCGUUCCAUUUCAGGCCUACUCCUCAUCCACAGAACGUUCGGCGACGCAUUAAGCAGCUGAAGGAUUAUAUCAGUGUCACCUCGGACUGGAUAUCCUACGCUCUCAUCGAUGACAUCACCGAUGCGUUCGGACCGCUCAUUCAGGGCAUCGAAUACGAAGUCGAUAGUAUCGACGAACUGGUAUUGAUUUUGAAGGAGGCUGAGCAAAGUGACAUGCUGAGAAGGAUUGGUUCUUGUCGCAAGAAGGUCAUGGGCCUUCUACGGCUCAUGGGUAAUAAGGCAGACGUCGUAAAGGGUCUCGCGAAGCGAUGUAACGAGAACUGGCGGGUUGCACCAACAUCCGACAUCGGCCUUUACCUCUCGGACAUCCAAGAUCAUUUGAUCACGAUGACCCAGAACUUGAACCACUACGAGAAGAUCCUCUCGCGCUCGCACUCGAAUUACCUCGCGCAAAUUUCCAUCGAGAUGACCGACGCAAACAACCAGAUCAACGACGUCCUGUCCAAACUCACUGCACUCGGUACCGUGCUCAUCCCGAUGAACUUGGUGACGGGUCUAUGGGGCAUGAACGUGCACGUACCAGGCCAGGAUGUCGAAAACCUGAAAUGGUUCGGUUCCAUCGUCGCCGUUCUCGCAGCAUUCGCCGUCGUGGCUGGUUGGUCCACAUACAAGCUCAUGCUCCACCGGUAG